AUGUCAGGUCCACUUGAUCGAUUUGCUAGACCAUGUUUCACUACAGGUUUUGAGGGAAUCAUGAGCAGUGAUGAGAAAAAGGAGCGAAAGUCAGACUUUGAGAAUUCCGAGGACGAGAGGAGAACCAGGAUCGGUUCUUUGAAGAAGAAAGCCAUUAACGCGUCUACAAAGUUCAAGCACUCUCUCAAGAAGAAGAGCGGAAGGAGAAAAAGCGAUGGCCGAGUGAGUUCUGUCUCCAUCGAGGACGUGCGUGACGUCGAGGAGCUGCAGGCCGUCGACGCGUUUCGACAAGCGCUGUUAAUGGACGAGCUGCUUCCCACUAGGCACGAUGACUACCACAUGAUGUUGAGGUUCUUGAAGGCGAGGAAGUUUGACAUCGAGAGAGCAAAGCACAUGUGGGCUGAUAUGAUCCAGUGGAGGAAAGAAUUUGGCACUGACACUAUUAUUCAGGAUUUUGAUUUCGAAGAGAUUAACGAAGUUUUGAAAUACUACCCACACGGAUAUCACGGUGUUGACAAAGAAGGCAGGCCUAUCUACAUUGAAAGGCUGGGGAAAGUUGAUCCUAACAGACUCAUGCAGGUUACAAACAUGGACCGAUAUGUAAGAUAUCAUGUUAAGGAGUUUGAGAGGAGCUUUAUGAUCAAGUUUCCUUCCUGCACUAUUGCUGCAAAGAAGCAUAUUGAUUCCAACACAACUAUUCUAGAUGUCCAGGGAGUGGGAUUGAAAAACUUCACCAAGUCAGCUCGAGAGCUUAUUACACGAUUACAAAAGAUUGAUGGAGACAAUUAUCCUGAGACUCUCCACCAAAUGUUUAUUAUCAAUGCAGGGCCUGGAUUUAGGCUGCUCUGGAGCACUGUUAAGAGCUUUCUAGACCCAAAAACAUCUUCUAAGAUUCAUGUUCUCGGAUACAAGUAUCAGAGCAAAUUGCUUGAAGUCAUUGAUGUCAACGAGUUGCCUGAGUUCUUGGGAGGUGCGUGUACUUGCGCUGAUCAAGGUGGUUGCUUGCUUUCUGACAAGGGACCUUGGAAAAACCCGGAAAUUGUAAAGAUGGUGCUUCAUGGAGGAGCACAUCGGGCAAAGCAGGUGGUGAAAGUUUUGAACAGCGAGGGGAAAGUCAUUGCUUACGCAAAACCAUCAUACCAAUGGAUAAAGGGAAGUGACACUUCCACUGCAGAGUCAGGGUCUGAUGCCGAAGAUAUCGGUUCUCCAAAGGCUAUAAAGAGUUUCUCUCAUCUCCGGUUGACACCUGUUCGUGAAGAGGCAAAGAUAGCUGGUGAAACGAGCUUGGCGGGUAGCUUUCCGGGCUAUGAUGAGUAUGUGCCAAUGGUUGACAAAGCCGUCGAUGCAACCUGGAAGGUGAAACCUGCUCUCCAGAGAGUCGCCUCAAAAGGGGCUUUAAUGCCUGCCACCGUUCCAAAGGAACCUGAAGGCAUUCGAGCUCGAGCCCUCAUAGUGUUCAUGGCAUUCGUGGUGGCGGUUUUCACAUUCUUGCGCACAGUAUCUUUCCGUGUGGUGAAGAAACUCGCAGCUCCCCAACCACAAAUCGAAGGAAACGCAACAGAAGUCGGAGUGCAAGAGGAGCUUCGUCUUCCUUCUUCGGUACCGGAUCUCGCAGAAACGGAGCUCAUGAAUUCUGUGAUGAAGAAACUAACCGAGCUUGAGGGUAAAAUCGGGACUCUACAAUCGAAGCCGUGUGAGAUGCCUUACGAGAAAGAAGAACUGCUAAACGCCGCCGUUUGCAGAGUAGACGCACUUGAAGCAGAGCUCAUAGCUACGAAGAAGGCGCUUUACGAAGCUCUCAUGAGACAAGAAGAGUUGCUUGCUUACAUUGAUCGUCAAGAAGAAGCUCAAUUCCAGAAGAUGAAGAAGAAGAAGAAGAAGCAUCUCUUUUGCUUUUGA